AAUGCUUUCAGACUAUUCUGAACUAACUGAAAUACAAGAGACACAAAGUCACGGUGUAUUGCCAGACAGGGAUAGGUUAUUUAGAAAGAAACAAAGAAAGAUGAGAGAAAAAAGAGAUGCUAGCUCUAUCACAGGAAAAUUCUCUUUUCCAUGCUUUCAAUCGGCUAAUAGUAGUACUAUAAGAUUUAUGUUUAAUCCUAGAAAGCAAAAUGGCAGAAUAGAAAGUAGAAUUGACUCUACAGCUGCCAUAUUUACUGAUAUUGAAGAUGGAAAUGCGCCUUUGAAUAGGGUGGAAAAUUUUAAUAUGGAACUGGGGCUUACUCAACAAAACUUGAGGGAAUUACACAAGAUAUUUCUUGAAAUCGAUCAAGACGGUAGUGGUGGAAUUGAUCAAACAGAAUUUCGAAUGGCUAUCCAAAAGUUAAGAGAAAUUACUGGACACGAUAUAAAGGAUGAGGAUAUAGAUGAAACCUUUAUGAAGAUCGAUGCAAAUUGUGACGAACAGGUCGAUUGGCAAGAAUAUUUAACCUACGUAUUAACAAGUAUGAAAGAAAAAGAGACUAUGACUAAUUUAUAUAAAGAAAAAACUCUACCAAAGCAAGCUAAGCUUGUCCAUAAAAUGUACAAAUAUCAAAAGACGCUCGAUACGUGCGUUGUAAUUUUAUGGUUACCGAUUUUACGUAGAGAAAACAUUCGCAAUGCUGUGUUUUAUAAAACAGUCACUAUGGGAUAUGGGAGAUAUUUAACAGUUAGCAGGGACGGUAUUUUAAACGUAUGGACAAAAGAUUUAUGUCAUGAGAGACGAAUAGAAUUAGACUCAAAUAAAAUUUGGGUAACUGACGCUUGUUUAUUGUUAAAUAUUAACGCUCUUGCUGUAGCUACAACUAAGGAUAAGAUAACAGUCUACGAAUUAGUAGGUUUCCAGAUCGGUAAGCCGGAAAAUUGUAAUUUUGUUGAAAGAACUGUUUCGAUUGAUACAGGGGUAUUUCCUACUUGCUUGACUUAUUGGUUCGAUGAUAAGAAACCCUAUCAUGCAACGCUCUUUUGGGGCGAUAUGAAAGGGAAUAUUAAUAUAAUAGAAUUCAAUCAGUGUAAAAAGUUAUGCCUCUUACAACCUUUGCUGAAAUCUAACGACAGUUCAAUUAGCACAAAAAAAGUCUAUUUAGAGAAGAAUAUUUCUUUUGAAGAUUUACUGCGGCAACCAGCUUCCUAUUGUGGUGCAUUGGCUACUCAUUUGUCAAAUAUUCACGAGGACUUUGUUCUCAAAAUAAAAUAUUACCCAUCUAAGAAUAUGUUCAUAUCGUGCUGUGCAGCGGCGAAUACAGCAUUAUACAUGUCAGAUAGUAGACAAUUAUGUCAAACAAGGUUUUUUAUUAAAAGAGGAGUAACGACUUUCGACUACUGCUAUAAAAAUAAUAUGAUAGUUACUGCUGGACAGGAUUGCAUCGUUAGAAUAUGGGAUCCUUACAUGCCCGAAAGACCAAUUAUGUAUUUAAUUGGUCACAAAAAUCCGGUUGUUUUCGUUAUUAUUGACGAAACUGGAGGUGAAUUGAUAACAGUAUCCAAAGAGAAAGAUAUAUUAAUAUUUGACUUGGCCACUCAAAUGUGUUCGCAAACCAUAACACGUGGACACGUAAAACUCGGAAAACAACCGGUUAGUUACAUUAUAUAA